UUUUAAAUCAGCCCUAUAAAUUCAAUCUCAAUGCCAUUCAUUUAUUCAUCCGCCACCCACAUUUCACAUAUAUUCUCUCCUGUUUGUACAACAUGGAAUACGAAAACAAGUUACCCGAAUCGAAAUACGAAUGUCUUCUUUUUGAUGUUGAUGAUACUCUUUAUCCUCUAAGUUCUGGCCUAUCAGUAGAGUGCACCAAGAACAUCAAAGAGUAUAUGGUGGAUAGGCUUGAUAUAGAAGAAUCUAAAGUACCAGAAAUGUGUGCUCGACUCUACACGGAUUACGGGACAACAAUGGCUGGUCUUCGGGCUCUUGGUUAUGAUUUUGACCAUGAUGACUACCACAGAUUUGUUCAUGGGAGAUUGCCUUACGAGUAUCUACAACCCGACGCUUAUCUUAGAAGUCUUUUAAAUAGUUUGCCGAUAAGGAAAGUGAUUUUCUCAAAUGCGAAUGAGGCGCACGUGGCUGAAGUACUUGGCCGACUUGGAUUAGAGGACUGCUUUGAUGAUGUCAUAUGUUUCGAGACUUUAAACACUCAAAACCAAACCACUGAUGCUCCUAUUCCUACAACUUCUGUUGUUGGAGAUAGUCUUGAACCGGUUGGUUUAGUACCAACGAGUCCCAUUGUUUGCAAACCGUCGGAAAACGCUUUCCAACUUGCUUUUAAGAUGGCGAACAUUAACCCUCAUGAAACCUUGUUCUUUGAUGACAGUAUACGCAAUAUACAGACCGCGAAGCUCACGGGCCUCAGCACUGUGUUGGUUGGAUCAUCACAGCGUAAGAGCGGGGUGGACUAUGCUUUAGAGAGCAUACACAACAUCAAGGAAGCACUGCCCGAGCUAGGGGAAUUGGUCAACAAGUCAAAGGAUGUUCGAAAGAUUGCAAUUGAAACUCCUGUGGAAGCUUAAAUAUCUAUAACCGUAACUUCAUGGUUCUAAUCUUAUUGUGUUGCUGUCUUUGUACUAACAUAUUUAUGGUGUAAAUGAUAGUUUCAACUUUAUUACAAUGUAAUCUGGAAUCGUAAAGAAUUCUGUUUGGUUCAAUGUAUCUUUUGCUCUAAUGUCAA